ACGGUUGUGCCCUCAGCGUUAAAGAAAAACUGGGAUUUUCUUUUCGUGAGGGAAAAAGGCCAGAGAUAAGGAGAAGGCAAAUCAUACAAAGAGGGAGAGGGAGAGAAGAGGUUGGCUGGUCGGCUGGUUGGGCAAUGGCAAUCUCAUUGAAUCGCCACAUUCCCCCAUAAAAAUCUGGGAUCACAAUCGGAUCUCAUCGCAGUACUCUCUCCUUUUCAUGGGUUUUCACCACAACGCUUCUGAUGGAGUCUCUCAGCGAGUCAAUAGCCCACGCUUCUCAGGUCCAAUGACUCGCCGAACUCAUUCGUUUAAACGCGGCAACAGCAGCGGGAACGCUCACAACAACGGUAGCAGCAAGGGGGGUGGUGGGUUCGAUCCCCACUACGAGAUUGAUGUGCAUCUCAACUCACCCAGAUCGGAAAUAUGUGGUAGCCCUGUUUCCGGUGAUGGGUUUGAUGUAGUUUUGGAAAGGAAGCAGACCCAUCAUGUGAACCAGAGAGUUCAUGGGGGCGUUCUGAAGAAUCAGCCCAAGAAGCAUGUUGGAUCUGCUGUUCUUGAUUUGGGGUUGAGGGAGAGGAAGAAGUUGGGGCAUUGGAUGUUCUUUGUGUUUUGUGGGGUGUGCUUGUUUUUGGGUGUUCUGAAGAUUUGUGCCACUGGGUGGUUUGGAUCUGCCAUUGAUAGGAUUGGGUCUCAUCAGGAUUUUUCUGACCCCCUCAACACUCAUCUAAAUGAAAUGGAUAAAAGCUCUCAUGAUUACGUAUAUAGGGAGGGAGGAAGUGAUGUUGAAAGAACUCUGAUGAUGGUAGCAUCAGGUGUGGUGAAUAGGCAGAAAAGCAUGGCUGAAAAUUCAGAUAUCUGGUCCAAACCCAACAGUGAGAAUUUCACCCAAUGCGUCAACCAGCCAAGAAUUCACAAAAAGCUGGAUGCGAAGACAAAUGGUUACAUUCUCAUUAAUGCUAAUGGUGGAUUGAAUCAGAUGAGAUUUGGGAUAUGUGAUAUGGUUGCCAUUGCAAAGGUCAUGAAGGCAACACUGGUUCUUCCUUCACUUGAUCACACAUCCUAUUGGGCUGAUGACAGUGACUUUAAGGAUCUGUUUGAUUGGCAACACUUCAUAAAGGCACUGAAAGAUGAUGUCCACAUAGUUGAGACAUUACCACCUGAUUAUGCUGGAAUUGAACCUUUCACAAAGACACCAAUAUCAUGGUCUAAGGUCAGUUACUACAAAACAGAGAUCCUCCCACUCUUGAAGCAGUACAAGGUUAUAUAUUUUACUCAUACUGAUUCCAGACUUGCCAACAAUGGUAUUCCAAGUUCCAUACAGAAACUGAGAUGUCGUGUAAAUUACAAAGCCUUGAAAUAUUCAUCCCUAAUAGAAGAACUUGGAAACACCUUGGUUUCAAGAAUGCGAGAGGGUGGAAACCCUUAUAUUGCUCUGCAUUUGAGGUAUGAGAAGGAUAUGCUUUCAUUCACAGGCUGCAGUCAUAAUUUGACAGCAGAAGAAGAUGAGGAACUACGUACAAUGCGAUAUGAGGUCAGUCAUUGGAAAGAGAAAGAGAUCAAUGGUACCGAGAGAAGGUUGCUUGGUGGCUGUCCCUUGACCCCCAGGGAGACUUCCCUUUUGCUCAAAGGGCUGGGUUUCCCAUCUAGCACCAGGAUUUAUUUGGUAGCUGGUGAAGCCUAUGGUAAAGGAAGUAUGCAAUAUCUAAUGAAUGACUUCCCCAACAUCUUCUCCCAUUCAACACUUUCCACUGAAGAAGAGUUGAGCCCUUUCAAGGAUCAUCAGAACAGACUGGCUGGAUUGGACUAUGUUGUUGCCCUUCAAAGCGACGUGUUUGUCUAUACCUAUGAUGGAAAUAUGGCAAAGGCUGUUCAAGGUCACAGGCGAUUUGAGAACUUCAAGAAGACUAUUAGCCCUGAAAAGAUGAAUUUUGUAAAACUUGUUGAUGACCUUGAUGAAGGAAAAAUCACUUGGAAGAAAUUCAGUUCCAAAGUGAAGAAGCUUCACAAAGACCGAGCUGGAGCACCAUACCUACGAGAGCCUGGAGAGUUUCCAAAGCUGGAGGAAAGUUUCUAUGCGAACCCACUUCCAGGAUGUAUAUGCGAAACAACACCGCAAAAGUAGAGACCAACCCUAGAAAGUUUUGUGCUACUUCAUCCCAAUGUGAGGGUUUAGCUGCAUGGAUGGUAGUUCCUAGGGUUUGUUGCCAUCUCUCAGGGCACAUUCUUGUUGAGUGGCAAUCUUGAGGUGCAGUGAGGCAGGAGAACAUCAGGUUGUUGGUUUCAAAGUCCCCAAGAGGAGUGAAACUGAUACAAUGGGGUUGCCAAAAAUGCAGCUUAACUUAAGGGUUGAUGGAAGAUAGAUGGGGUUUGAUCUGCUAUAUAGAAAGGAUACAACAGAAGUUAAAGAAACAUACCACUGAGUUUCUUCACUAUGAAAAACAGGAAAAAGAUACUGAGUUUUCUCCCUACUUAACUACACUGUAAAGAGCCAGCAAUGUAGAAUAUGAUGGAGAAGGUUCAUGUAUUGCAAUUUUAGGCAGAGUUGAGCAACUAGCUGAUUUGAAUUUCUUCUGAUAAUAUAGAGGAGUAUGAUUCCAAAGAAUAACAAGCUGCUUGAAAUUGCUUUAAUCAUGAAUAGAUGUCAUCGGGACAUGGUUAAUCUGUUUCCAUUUUCUAGAAAGUUGAAUUUGAAAAAGACAAAAUGUGAAAUUAA